AUGGGAGGCGAAGAGCAGGCGCUGGCGGCGACGGAGGAAGCCUGCCGCGUGUAUGUGGGGAACUUGUUGCCGAAGGCCAAGGAAAUCCACCUCACAAACAAGCUUGCGCGCUUCGGGACGAUCCACAGUCCUCCAGGCUUCGCCUUCGUGCGGUUUGCAAGUCCAGAUGCGGCGAAGCGAGUGGUUGAUGCAUGCCAGGGCGAAGGAUCCAUGGAGAUCCUCGGGAAGGCUGUGCGCGUGCAAAUGGCAGGGGGCAAGGACAGGAAGUCGGCAGAGCAGCAGCAGCAGCAGAGGAGAGCGGCGAUCACAAUCGGAGGAGAAAAGACCGCAGCUCUAAACACCGAGAGAGGUCCGAGGAAGCUCGAGGGCAUCAUCACGGGCGUGUUCGACGCAUGCGCAGCAGUGAGAGACAUCGAGUAA